GUUACUACAGGAACUGGCCAGGUUUGUCUUCCUGUUACAGAAAGGAGCUGUGUGUGAGGGACCUGUGUGAGCCGAGAAUGAACGGACAGGCGGACGGCGAGGUGGACUACAAGAGGAAGUACAAGAAUCUCAAACGCAAGCUGAAGUUUCUCAUCUAUGAACAGGAAUGUUUCCAGGAAGAGCUGAGAAGAGCUCAGAGGAAGCUGCUGAAAGUCUCCCGGGACAAAAGCUUCUUAUUGGACAGGAUUCUGCAGUAUGAGAAUGUCGAUGAUGACUCCUCAGACUCUGAUAUGACGGCUUCAUCAGAUAACAGUGACACAGAGGGAGGCCGGGACACCAGCACGCCCACGGCUAAAAGGAAGCGGAGCCCAUCGGCUGGCCCAGCCUCCCCGCCACCCUCCUCCUCAUCGGCCUUAUCCUUACACACGGCUGGAGGGUCCUACCUGAGUGCGAUGAGCUCACCCCCCUACACCCCGUUCCCCUCGGAAUAUCUGGCUCCCAUUCCCAACUCCACGCCCCCCAAAACCGACCGACCCAAGAGAGACAGAAAGAACCGCAGCAGUAACCCCAAGAAGCCCAAGAUUCCGCUGAGUCCCCCCUCUAGCUGUGGCGGAGUCUUACCCUUCAGCCCCCGCUCUUCAGGCCUCCCGUCCCUCUCGUCUUCGAGCAAGCACGCGCCGCCUGGCACCAUCCUCAGCACCGUCCCUCAGCAGAUGUUUAGCGACGGCGGCGAGGGCAGCGGAGAUGAGGGCCCCUUGGAUGGAGACGAGGAGGAUGACUUGGUCAUAGACAUUCCCGAGUAAAACCGAGCACGUCCGGAUGCGUUCAAACUUGCUCGCUUCUUCGCUU